AUGGGCGGCCGCCGCCUCGCGGACGGCGCCAUCGUCGCCGAGAAACCCCGUUGGCCGCGGUACCUGGCGACCGGCGCCCUCCUCGCCACGCUGCUGGCCACCCAGCCAUCGCACAGCUCACUCCUCGAGCAUCUCGAGUCGCUGGCCGAGCACCCGAGCGGUCUUCUCGGUAAGCUUAGCUCGCUUGCCUCCAGCCUGCACGCGAGCGUCGGCGCAGAGUCGGCCUCGUACGGCCUCUUCCGCCUCGGAUCCUUGAGUGGAAACCACUACCUCGGCAUUCUCGGAACGUGGAUCAAGCUUCCCGCGUUUGCAGCCGUGCUGCCGUCUUCGCGGCGAGCGCGCGGCUCGGCUGCCGCGUCGGCGGCGUCGUACAUGUGCACGUCCUCCUUCGAGCCGGCCGAGCAACUCGUGCUCCUCUCGGUACUGCUUCACCUCCUCUGGCUCACCCGCCCGAGGUGCAUGGUGCGGCACGCAGUCUGCUCGCUUGACGCGGUGCAGCGCGGCCGCGUCUGGACUCUCCUCACGGCCAACGCGUCGCACGCGGCCUUCCCGCACCUACUUCACAACUGCAUCCACCUGCUCCAGCUCGGCCCGCUGCUGCACGCCACCCUCGGCUGCAGCGACCUCCUCGCCCUCAUGCUCACCGCGGCGCUCGCCUCGUCCGCAGCCUCGCUCCUCUGGAACGGCGUGCUCGGCGGGCGGCCGAAGGAAGGCGGCCCUCCCGCGCCCCGCUCGUCCCUCUCUUCUCGCUCAGCUUGGCCGACCCCCCGCACCUCCCCAUCCCGCGCAGGCUCCCUCGGCGCGUCGGGCGUCGCGAUGGCGAUGGUUGCAGCGAACGCCGCCCUCUACCCUCGAGCGCUGGUGCACGUGUACGGCCUUGAGCUGCCGGCACCGCACGCGGCGCUGCUCUACCUCGUGGUCGACGUGGUCGCCUCGUCCUCUGGGCACGGUGGCGGGGGCGUCGAUGCGAGUGCGCACGCGGGUGGGGCGGCAGUGGGCUACGCGCUAGCCCGCCGCUGGCAGAGAGGUCUCGACCUCUUCCCUUCCUUCUAG